GCACUGUGAUUAAGCCAGCAAGUGGUCGCCCGUUGUCGUGAUCGUUCAUUGUGUACCCAGUUUGUGAGGAUACCGUUGAACACCGUAGUUCAACGACUGUGGCCUUUUUUGCUGUUACCGGUGGGGUUGCCUCAGUUCCGGUUCUUUGGUCGCUUGUUGAAUCGAUCUCGGAGGCCGCGGUUUGGUUGGCAACGCGUCGUCCAACUAUCCUCUAAGCGUUUUGUCGCUUACAGUGUUCAACGUCUCCUGAAUUCGGACCAAGUGUUCCUCGAGUUACGGCUGGAAGACCUCCUCUUUUAAUUGCAUAAUGAAAACCAGAAGAAUGGCGUUAAUGUAUUGCGAGGAGACAUCGAGCGGAUCACGGCAAGUUGGUGAUUUACCUGUUGUUGAUGAUCAUGUUUCUUGUCCUGGAUCGCACUCUAGUCGUAAUGGCAGUCAUGUACAGGUUUCCUUUAACGCGCGUAAUGCUUUAAAACUUGCUGAGCUUAAGAAAAGACAAGCCGAUACUGAGCUAGAAUUAGCUAAGUUGCGUUUGGAAAUGGAGGAGGAGGCAGUUACUCAGGAACAUCUCCCUACUGUAAGUCAUGUGCCCAAAGGUGGGGAAGAGCAGAUGAGCCGGUUCCUAAAGGACUGUCAAGAGAUGGCGCCUCAUACAGUAAAUCCUGUGUCAUGUCCCCAAUCUUCUCUGGCAGUUUGUUAUCCUUUUGCAGAGCUUCCGAAGGUGGAGUUAGAAUAUUUUGACGGUGACCCAUCGAGCUACUGGAGAUUUAUCAAGCAGUUUGAAUAUUUUGUUGAGAACCGCGUGAUUGAUAAUGGUCAGCGCUUGUUAUAUCUUGUGUAUUAUUGCAGAGGACGCGCCAACGAAGCGAUUCGUGAGUGUACAAUGCUUCCGCCUGAGCAGGCUUACAAUAGAGCUCGUUGUAUUCUUCGUGAUCUCUUUGGGCAAAAUCAUGUAGUGGCACGGUCACUGAUCGACGGUUUGCUUGCAGGUUUGAAACCCAUGGCUGAUGACUCCGAAGCUUUAUCCCGAUUGUCGUUGAAAAUGGAGAGCUGUUAUGUGGCACUGUCUCAGAUGAACUAUAUGGCCGACCUAGAUUCCAUAGCCACUAUUGAGAGGAUAGUUCGCUUCUUACCUAGCGCUCUGCAAUCUCGAUGGGCGAGAGUGGCUGAUUCUAUCGUUCAGGAAAAGCGGGAAGUCAGCUUUUGUGAUUUGGCAGCUUUUGUUGCAACGGAGGCUAGGGUUGCACGUAGCAGAUUUUGCCAGAUAGCGAAUGCCAAUGUGGCACGAAGUCAGCUUGCUAUGCAUCCACCUCGAUUAGCCGAUAAAGGAAAGGGUCGCAACCUUUGUUUCUGCACUACAUCAAAGAGGACCAACAGAGUUACUUGCAUUAUUUGUGACGGCGAACAUGAUAUGGAGUCUUGCACGAAAUUUCUAGCCAUGGAUGUUCCAGGCCGCUGGGAACUGAUCAGAGCUAAGGCUGCUUGUUACAACUGUCUAGGGUCCGGUCACCACUCCGCAACUUGUCGAAACCGGAAGGGAUGCAACGUGUCUACUUGUAACGGUCGGCAUCACUCGUUGUUGCAUCAUGACAAAGCUCCUAAUCCUUCACGCAAUGAAUAUAGCAGCUGUAAUGUUACCUCUACUGCUCCAGGCAGAGUUUCUUUGGGCGUUGUGCCCGUACGUUUGGAUGGUCCAGUACGGUCUAUUGAAACGUAUGCCUUGUUGGAUAGUGGAUCGGAUGUGACCCUAGUUCAAGAGGAUCUUCUAAGGGAGGCAGGCGUAAAGGUUAGCCCCACUUCUUUAACCAUGCAGACCGUGAGUGGCCUCACCUUCUUGGAAGCUGGCCUAGCCAAGUUUCGCUUGUCUGCCUUGAGGGGCCCCGAGUAUGUUACAGUUGAACGCGCUUAUUGUUUGAAGCGAUUGCCACUACGUCCAGUUGCACGCACUAACGGCCAGUUGGGGCGUCACUGGCCGCACUUGUCUGACAUCCAGUUCGAUGCUCUGACUGAUACCCGAGUUCGGAUAUUGAUAGGAGCCGAUGUACCAGAGGCACAUUGGCAGCUUGAGCGCCGUGCUUGUGGUCGGAAGCGCCCGUUCGCUGCUAGAACACCCCUAGGGUGGAUAUUGCUGGGGCCCGUGAACACGAGCCCUGAGGGUUGCGUUUCGGUGCAUUGUGUGCAAGAGGAGACAACUUCGAUCGAGACACAGCUUAAAAUGUUAUACGACGGUGGAUUUGAGAGUGCUGGUUCGAGUCACCGUUCCCUUUCGAUGGAAGAUAAGGCAGCAUUAGAAAUCGCUGAGAAUUCCGUGAGGCUCGUUGAGGGGCACUUCGAGGUGGCCCUCCCGUGGAGAAAGCGUCAGAUGAUAGUUCCUAAUAACUUCGUGUCUGCUCUCCAUAGAUUACAUUGUUUGAGUCGACGACUGGUAAACGACCCGACAAUGUGUGAAAGGUACACGGCUGCGUUGGAGACGAGCAUUGCAAAGGGCUACGCCGCGCUAGUACCAAGUGAGCAAUUACAACCUAGCUACACACCGAGAUGGUAUUUACCGCAUCAUGCCGUUAUUAAUCCGAAGAAACCAGAAAAAUUAAGAGUGGUCUUCGAUUGUGCAGCCAAGCACAAAGGGUUGUCACUCAAUGACCAAUUGUUGCAAGGGCCGGACACUACUGCUAACCUCACUGGUAUACUGAUGAGAUUCAGGUCUGAAAGGGUGGCUAUUUCCGCAGAUAUCGAGGACAUGUUCAUGCAAGUAAAAGUGCCAGCGAAAGAUAGAGCUGCACUGCGGUUUCUAUGGUGGAAGAACAACGUGAUUGGUUCGGAGGUGGUGGAGUACCAGAUGACUGCGCAUCCAUUCGGAGCGACUUCCUCACCAUUCUGUGCCAACUUUGCCCUGCGUCAGACUGCCAAAGCGUGGGGACACCAAUACAGUGAGAACGUCUCGGCUGCUGUGUGUCGUGAUUUUUAUGUUGAUGAUCUUUUGAUUUCACUCUCUACUCCUGCGGAAGCGCGCUCGUUUGUAACGCAGAUCAGAGAGAUGUUGAGCAGAGGCGGCUUCAAACUAUGCAAAUGGGUCUGCAAUAUCGACGAGGUUUAUGAGGUGGUCCCAUCUGCCGAAAUUGCGGAGACAGUAAAGCCAAUAGCUGAGUUACCGGGGUUAGUUAGCAGGACGUUGGGGUUGUCUUGGGAUUCCAAGCAGGAUGUGUUUCUUUUCCACUUUGCGGUAUCCGAAGGUCCAAACACGAGGAGAGGAAUCUUGUCCGUUGUGUCAUCUAUCUUCGAUCCUUUGGGUAUGAUAGCCCCACUGAUCAUGCCGGUGAAGCUAUUGCUGCAACAGUUGUGUCGAGAUAAGGUAGGCUGGGACGAGUUGAUUACCGGUGAUAGCGAGGCGGCCUGGCAUACCUGGAUAAGAAUGACCAAGGCGUUGGGUUUCCUGAAAAUUCCCCGUUGCAUUCGUAAUGGCACUGAGAGUUUAGGACCUCCACAAUUGCAUAUAUUUUGCGAUGCUUCUGAAACGGGAUACGGGGCGGUGGCUUACGCCAGGUUCCGCCUUAAGGGCAACAGACGCUGCGCUUUGUUGUACUCGAAGUCAAGAGUGGCUCCUUUGAAGACUGUCUCUAUUCCGCGGUUAGAAUUAACUGCGGCUGUGCUCGCCACGCGUGUAUUUGAGGAUGUGACCGAGAGAGCCCAGCUGGAAUUUGAGAACGUCUGGUUCUGGACGGAUUCCACAACAGUCUUGUACUACAUUAAUGAUACAUCGAAGCGAUUCAGUACCUUUGUUUCAAAUCGAUUAUCGGUAAUUCAUGAUUUGACGGACCCUAGUCAAUGGAAGCAUGUCAUGUCUGGUAGUAACCCAGCUGAUAUACUCUCAAGAGGUAGCUAUUCUUCUGCACGUUUGGAGAGCUGGUUCUAUGGGCCAGAUUUCUUACUGAGCGAUAACGACGAAUGGCCAGAUAAGUGUUUGAAUUCCGAACCGCAUGACAUAGAAUUAAAGCGUGUGAAGGUCCAGGUGAACAUGGUGGCAUGUCAAUCCUCCUUGUCAAUCUUAAUCCGGAGAUAUUCCGAUUGGUUCAAGUUGUUGAAGUCAUUUGUGUGGCUAAUCCGAGUCAAAAGGUACCUGAAGGCUCGCGCAUAUGAUUCUGAUAUCGGCCCACAGUAUACCAGUUUGAUUACUCUCCACGAACUCAAAGGGGCAGAAUUUGAUGUCACUAGAUUAGCACAGAAUGAAGUUUACGAUGAUGAAAUAAAACGAAUGGAAGAGACAAAGGAAGGAACAAUGCCACCUAAAAGAAAGGCACGGCAAGGGAAUGUGUCGCAGCUCUGCCCCAUCUUGCGAGAUGGAAUACUGUGUCUGGGAGGAAGACUAGCAUACUCGGAUUACGACAGUUCCUUUAUAUUCCCUGCUAUUAUACCUCCAAGGCAUGCGGUCACUGCGUUGCUGAUAAGAUUGUAUCAUAAUUUUGAAGGUCGGUCGGGCGCCUCACAAGUUUUGGCGAGUUUACGCCGAAAAAACUGGAUUGUUAGGGGAUUAUCUGCCGUAAAGAGAGUAUCUACGCCUUUGAAUUCCAGAGAGAAAUGGCCAAACCCGUGUCGGAAUUUUAAACCGGGAGACGUGGUUAUAGUUGUUUCUGAAGCUGUUUCGCGCAAAAUGUGGCCGUUGGGAGUAGUUGAAAGCAGUGUCACGUCCCAAGAUGGUCUCGUAAGAACAGUGAACGUCAGGACGAAGGAUGGUUUAUUGAAGAGGGAUGUGCGAAAGGUUUGUUUGUUAGAAGGUAGUCGACUAGAAGGGGGCGUAGUUCCGGCUACUGGCUCUCCGCAGGCGGGAGGCGGAUUUUCGAAUCUGCCGCUCCAGGGAGGACCGCUGUGAGUCCAGUAGCUGAAGUGGGAGGUGCAGGCGUACCGGUGUAAGUCCUGUAUCCUCCCAGCGUGGAUGGAGCGGGGGGAUAGGCGAUCCAGGCGAGAACAUGCCCUCAACAAUUUGAAAAUCCUGGUCAGAUUUUCGCGGGGGAGUGUAAAGGACAAUUUGCUCAAGUGCCAUCGCUACACCCCUGGAGCAAUUCCCCAUCCAAUUUUCCCCAUGUCCCUGCUUCUUUUUACAACCACAUUCGAAGUCGGUUACUUUUUCACACCUGACAGCUACUCAUGUGUGUUCUUUGUUAACCUGACUAUUGCUCCUUCACAUCAAUCCGCCCAUGAUUUGUCGUCUACCCUAUUGAUUACCUUUUGUUCACCUCGCACCUAGACGUCUAAUUUGCGCAUCGACCCUCUCACUCUGUUCAAUUCCGACUGACUCACUUCGUUCACCCCAAUGUCUGUCCUAGCUCUGGGACAAACCAUGUCUGGAUUCACAGCUUCAAUGCUUUCCCCCUAGACUGAUUCUAACCCCUUUGUGAUUGGUUAUAGACUGCAUGCGCCCUGAUUCGUCCCGGCCGAGGCUAGUAUACCUCCAGUGUGUUGGGCUUUAGUCGCACUGUGAUUAAGCCAGCAAGUGGUUGCCCGUUGUCGUGAUCGUUCAUUGUGUACCCAGUUUGUGAGGAUACCGUUGAACACCGUAGUUCAACGACUGUGGCCUUUUUUGCUGUUACCGGUGGGGUUGCCUCAGUUCCGGUUCUUUGGUCGCUUGUUGAAUCGAUCUCGGAGGCCGCGGUUUGGUUGGCAACGCGUCGUCCAACUAUCCUCUAAGCGUUUUGUCGCUUACA